UUUCCCGGCAGCUGCACGCGGACAAAGCCGUGGGGGCUGUGGAGGGGAAGAACGCCCACGGACCUCCAGCCAGCUGGUCAGACCGUGCCUGAGCUCUGAGCGCUGCCGUGUAGCGUGUGAUGAGAAGAUGUCCGUGGAGGAGGUGUACGUGUUCCGGCCCUUCAAGCUGAUCGCUCUGCUCUGCGUCUUUCUGGCGCUGUGUCUGGACGUGGUGGCUCUGCUGAGUCCCGCCUGGGUCACAGCGGAGCACUUCUCCCUGUCUCUCUGGGAGUCCUGCUCCCAGUCCGCAACUCGCCACCCGACAGAGGAGGCUCAAUGGAGCUGCUUCUCCACCCUCACAUCUGACUGGCAGAUUGCCACCUUGGUGCUGCUGGGCGUCGGCGCGGUCGCCACUCUGGUGGCCUUUCUGGUGGCCCUCAUCUCCCUCUGCAGGGGCACGCAGAGACAACACUACCGAACCGUGGCCGUGUUCCUCUUCACUGCAGUGGUUCUGCAGGCCUGCGCUCUGGUCCUCUACCCGAUCAAGUUCAUCGAUGGAACGGUCCUGCAGACCUAUCACGAGUUCAACUGGGGCUACGGGCUCGGCUGGGGAGCCACCAUCUUCAUGUUGGGCGGAGGGAUCCUGUUCUGCCUGCGGACGGACAUAUACGAAGACGCCAUGUACUAAAUUCUUUGACAGUCGCUGCUGCUGGAAGUACACACGUAAACACACAGAGACUUUUCUUCACUCUGCACACAGCCUAUCUGAGCACAGACCCUAUCUCUCAGUUUCUCCUGCUCGCCCCGUUAUUUUUAGGCAGGUUGUAAAGGCCUAAUUUAGGCCAGAGCUGUAUGAAUAGAAUGCCCCCUUCCACACUCCACCCCUACCCUACUGCCGUGCAGCCAACGGGACCCUCAGCUCUGCCGGUAUUGAGGGCGAGGCGGCAAAGCUAAAGCACAGAGAGUUUUCUGGACAUGCGCCGAUGCUGGACGUUUCCACUGCACGUUGACCUGGAUCUCUAUUGUUAGAGAGAAACAGGUCCUCAGCACAGACCUGUAUGUGCAGUGGCUGAAUAUUUAGCAAGACUGGCUUAUCACCACAUUUAAUUUUUUUUUAUCAUUUUUGUAGCUUUUCAUGGGGAUAAGCUUGUUGUUAAUGUAUUUAUGGUAUCGUUUUACACUCUAUUAAUAUUGAAAACCUGAACUUCUCCCUCCAUUUUAGCUGAAACACACAGUGUAAAAUUGUCAGCUCUGAUAGAUCCUAUGGAGUGUUUGUAGUUUGUAUGUUUGAAUCACACUAGUUGGUUUCAGAAUUGUAAAUGUGUACAAAGUAUUUCUACAUGAAGGAGAAUUCAGAAUAAAUAACUGUAGUUUUGGGA